AUGUCAGACAUAAAUCAAAUGUCAAAUCUUGAAGAGGAUACCAACAUGGAGAGAACAUGGCUUGCCGAAGAGAUGGAAAGUUCAGUCGAAGACCUAGUAGUAGAUGUUAUGCAACAUGCUCUAGAUCUAGUCAGGCACAGCCUGCAAAACAUGACAGAAACACAAAGUACAGGAUCAAAUACGGCACAAGCCACAGAAAUCCAGCUACAUCGCACAGAAAAUAUGUUACGCACUUUCCUGACUCGCAUAGAUGAUGCAAUAGACAGAGUUUCGAUAGAAGUGGGAGACGAUCAAAAUCUUAGGCGAAACAAUAGCGUAUGUAUGCUUGAGCACCAGCGUGGCCAUUUCACCUAUGUUAAACCUUUCCCAGACGGGUUUUUAUUCCGCAGACCGCCUCCAGAAAUGGCAAUGAACCGUCCAGUAGCUCUUGACCAAGACUACUGGAUUCACUCUGCCACGCAAUGCCAACGCUGUAUUUCAGAUCUGAGAACUUGGGAUGGCGAGCCCCACGAUUACGUCCCUCGUCUUUUCACAAGUCAGAAGGAAGCACUAGAUUUCGCCAAACCACUCCUCGAUCGCAUUUCUGAAAUCAACGAUGAUCUCGAAGAACAUUCCUUGGAUACCGAAAACUCGCGAAAACACAAUGUCGUUCCCACUUCCGAAUUACCGUUUUUGCAAAAGGCUUUCGAAGCCUUGCUGAUAAGUGGAAAGGAACGCGUCUAUCAACUUCAAGCAUCUGAACGGCAGGACAAUAACGAAGAAGCAAGACCUGAAACCACCGCAGAUGUUACCAUCUUCGGUGUCAACCCCGACACUUUCAACCUCCCCAAGCUCACAAAGUCCGUGGCUGAAGAACUCGUAGACCACAUCUACCAACUCGAUCUCAUCGCCGAAUCCAUCCAACUCGUCGAAGUCACCAACGCCAUUUCAGCACGCCAACUCAGCCUCCGCAACAACGCAGAGCCUCUGCAACUCUUCCACCCGCUUCCUAAGGGUUCAGAGAAAGAAUGCUCGAUCUGUCGUUCGGAGGAAAAGUCGGAGGAAUACGUGCAGCUUGAUUGCAAGGCUAGACAUGUUUUCGGGAAGGAGUGUCUGAGGGUUUGGCUGCUGGAACAUAAUUCUUGCCCGUAUUGUAGGGAGAUGUUUGAUAGGGCGCUUUAUAGGUGGCCGGAGAGGGAGGUGGUGUGUCCCAGGUGGUUGAGGGUUUUGAAGGAGGUAAGGUAA